AAUCUUCUACAUGCAAAUCAUAAAACCGAGAGAGAGAGAGAGAGAGAGAGAAGAGGGGUAUGGCAAAGCUAAUUCCAAGUCUAAUGCUAAUAAUGUGCUUAUCAUCAGUGGUGCUGCCGCAGUCGGAAUCACAAUCAAGCGAAACGAAGAAGGUGACGCGGCUCCACUUCUACCUCCACGACGUAAUCGGCGGCGACAAACCCACCGUCUGGGGCGUGGCGGAGUGCAACCUAACCGAAGUUCUGGCGUCGGAGUUCGGAAAGCUGGUGGUGCUGGACAACCUGGUGACCUCCGGGCCCGACGUGGAGUCCGACGAGGUGGGGCGGCUGCAGGGGACGGUGGGGCUGGCCGACCUCCGCGAGAAGGCUCUGGUGAUGCUGCUCAACCUUGUGUUCACCAAGGGCGAAUAUGAGGGCAGCACGCUUAGCAUUCUAGGCAGGAAUCCCUUGGGCGCCGCCAUCAGGGAGCUUCCCGUCGUGGCCGGCACCGGCGCUUUUAGGAUGGCCACCGGUUAUAUUCUCACUACCACUUAUUUUAGUGACCCCGCACGUGUUCAUAGUGUCUAUGAAUACAAUGUCGUCGUCUAUCACAACAUCUUCUCGUCGUCCCUCUGAGUUUCUCAUUUCUUUUCAUAUUAGAGUCCCGCGUUUGGAUAUAAGGCUUGCUUGCCCAUAACUUAUGCUUUCAUUUGUCCGCGCUCUUAAUUUAGGUCUUCCAUAAUAAUACUUUAUCCCAUUAUAUUUU